UACCAGACUUGUGAAUCGCAUUGGGCAAUGAUAAUUUCAUAGGAUGAACUUUGUGCUUUGCAUAUAGCAUGAAUUUUUGGUUAAACUGGAAUUUCCACGUACUGUACAAUUUUUUACAGCUUAAAGGUGGCGGCCUUUCUGGGAUCAUGUUGCCAAAGCAGGUGAAGCACUGGAAGUCAAUGUGCAAAGGGUUGAUCCUUGGCACCUUGGUCACAAGUUGUAUGAUCCUGCUCUACUCUUACGCUACUCCUACUGUUCAUCUCAACAUACAAGAGGCGCCAGUACCCUACUCCUGUGAUUAUCAGCCAGUAAACAUUCGAGCUCUCCAGGCUUUCAACACUUCCCAGAAUGCUCAAGGGCGAGGAGCUGCCUGCACGCCCAAGGUGGAUAUCAUGUUCAUGAAGACCCACAAAACAGCAAGUAGCACUAUCCUGAACAUUUUGUUCCGCUUUGGAGAGAAGCACAGACUCAAGUUUGCUUUCCCGGAGAGUCGUAAUGACUUUCUCUACCCUGCUUCCUUCCAGCGAUCUCAUGUCAAGGACUAUCAGCCCGGCAUGUGCUUUAACAUCAUUUGUAACCACAUGCGCUUCAACGAAGAGGAGGUUCGCAAGCUUCUUCCAGCGGACACAAUCUACUUCACAAUUAUCAGAGAUCCUGCAGAUCUCUUUGAGUCUUCCUUUCACUACUUUGGUCGCAUUAUUCCAUUUACUUGGAAGAUUUCUGCAGAUGAUAAACUGGCGGAGUUCCUUCGUGAUCCAUGGCACUAUUAUGACCCGGAGGGCUUCAACUCCUUCUACCUCAAGAAUCUGCUCUUUUUCGAUUUUGGCUAUGAUAACAAUCUAAAUCCAGAUGAUGCGCGAGUGGAUAAAAGUAUAAAGGCAAUUGAGAACCGAUUCGACCUGGUCAUGUUGCUAGAGUAUUUCGAUGAAUCGCUGAUUCUCCUGAAGGACAUUUUAUGCUUGGACAUGGAGGACAUCCUUUAUUUCAAGCUUAAUGCUCGCAAGGAUUCUCCUGUAUCACGGCUUCCUCUGGAAUUGCGCAGCCUGGCGUCUGACUGGAAUAAAAUUGACCUAAAACUAUACAAUCACUUCAAUGCCACCUUUUGGAACAAAGUGAAGCGGUAUGGAAAUGAGCGGAUGGCCCGGGACGUGGCUGAACUGCAGCGAAGAAAUGCGGAGAUGACAGCCGUGUGCAUCGAGGGGGGUCAAGCUGUGGAGUCCAGCAUGAUUCAGGAAUCGUCCAUGCAGCCCUGGCAACCCAUUGGGGAAAAAUCUAUUCUAGGCUAUAACCUAAAGAAGAACAUUGAUAAAAAGAACCGGAAACUUUGUCGAAAAAUGCUCACUCCAGAAAUCCAGUAUUUGACAGAACUGGGAGUCAAUCUGUGGAUAACAAAGCUCUGGGCCCACAUCCGAGAAUUUGUAAAUUGGUAGCACAGUCUUUCUUCCCUUAUUGAUUUGCACUCACAGGCUACUUGUUUGCUAGUGAAAAAUUUGAAGACUUAUCUUUGUAUUACUGAAUGCAAGAAACUCAAGAGUUCAGUGCAUGCCUUUUGAACACAAUACUAGCAACAAUGGAACAACCCCCCCUGAAGGGCUGGUAGUGUCUUCACCGUUUUAAUAAGGGAAUAUGAUCAAAGAAAAAUAACUUUGACGAGUUCUACCACUGUUACUUUUGAAGAAGAGUUUGUCAGAAAUGAUUUGUGAUGAUAGAUUUAUUUGAGGUCCUUGUGCCCAUGGUUUAACAUGGGGGCCAGGAGGUGAUGAAAUAAAUUAUGUCUAAUUGCAUGGCUUUCCUUAGACAUGCAGUAAAAAUGGUGAAAGGAGUAAGUGAGCAGUGGCUUCCAUUGAAACGAGGCGCUUACCUGCAGUCUCACUGGGCAUGGCUCUGUUACACGAGGACCAGUGCAGGUAUGCCUAGGACUGAGAUGAGUGGACAUGCCCCAAUGCUUGCACAGAAUGUCCAUGGAAGUAAUAUCCAGUGACACUGCGUUCAGGCACUUAUCACAAAGUCAUUACAGGAGCAUGAGACACUGUGAAGUGUUGUGAUACAGUAAAUGAACAUCUCAGAUGUGAUUUAGUAUGGUAGCUUUAUCUGUUGUAGCACGUUCUUAACAUGCUUCCUGCAACCAUACCAAGUAUAUCCUGUCAGACAAGGCUAGCAGGUAACUACUUCUACUUGGGCAAUGGAAAUGAUCAUGCUGGCCUGCACCCAUAACGUCCUUCCGAAAUUCACUAAAAUUUGUUUUAGACCCUUUAUCUCCCAGAUCAUUUUUCUGCACUGUUUUUACACACUUUUCAAAAUAAUUUAUGUAUAAGUGUUUUGUGGAAACACCAUGUCAUAUUGAACUACGUGAAUGUCUGUUAUUGAAAAACCUCAUGGAAGGGAUGGCCCCAGCUAAUAAUCUAUGAGAGAAUUUACUAAAAUCCAGCCGUGCACGCCAAAAUCAGUAAUACAUUUUAACAUUCCUAUACAUUUCAAAACUUUUCAACAUCCAUUUUUUUGCUUUAGGUUUAGACUAUUAAUACUGUAGUUUCAUCCUGUUUCUUACAAGUAGUUACUUCCACCAGCUUUCACAACAAGUACAAGGCCCAUCUUUUUAUGCCCAACAAUUGCAUAUUUCUUUGAAAGAUAAUCUCUCAAACGUUUGUCCACCUUAAUGAAAGGAUAAGUGUCUUUGUGUCUGUCCGGUUGGUAUGUCUCUGUCUUUCCAAUAGAGGGCGCAAUCACAAACAUUUGUAGCAAAAAAAUGCCUAUAUGUACACAC